CCCCACCAGGAACUCGCUCUCCCACUCCCUGACUGUCUCUCUCACUCUCACUUCCCCCUGCAGACGACCACACGUAACUCGGGCCGCUCACCUCCCCCUUUCCAUCCAUCAUUCCCCUGCAGCCUCUUCCCGCCUUCCACCUACGCCCACACUUCUGUCAGGCCUUCCUCUCAUCCCAUCCCGCCCGUAAUCAUGUGUCAGAGGGCCGUCGUGGGCCUAGUGGGCGUGCUGCUGGUAGUGAUGGGAGCAGCAGGCGCUAUCAAUUCUAAAGGUUGUACGCCCCUUGAUGCCUGGACUUUUGACAAGAUCAUACCCAAGUUCCACGCGGCGCUGGUGAAGUUCGAUGUGGCCUACCCAUAUGGCAAGAAGCACCAGGAAUUCACCAAGCUGUCGGCAGCAGGGCGGGGGUCUCCGGAGCUGCUGGUGGCGGAGGUUGGGGUGAAAGAUUAUGGUGACAUGGAGAAUAUGGACUUGGCCGAGCGUUUUGGUGUCAAGAAGGAGGAGUUUCCCAAGGUGAUGCUGUUCGUGGAUGGCCGGGAUGAGCCUGUUGUGUUUGAGGGCGAAUUCAAGAAUGAGGAGCUGAAGAAAUUUAUCCGGAAAAAUUCGCAAGUCUACAUCGGGCUGGAGGGCUGCCUGGAGACCUUCGAUCGCAUAGUAGAUAAGUUUAUGGUGUCGGAGGAUCACGCGCAGAAGAAGGGCUUGCUGAGGGAUGCGGAGGACGCCUGGGACGCCCUGAAGAGCCCUUCGGACCGGAAGAUAGCGGAGACGUACGUGAAGGUGAUGCGGAAGGUGCUGGAGAAGGGCAAGGAAUUCGUAAAGCAGGAGAGGUCGCGUGUGGAGGGCAUCAUGACUGGCAGGAUCACUGAAGAAAAGAAACAGGAGAUUGAGGGAAGGUUAAACGUACUGAAGUCUUUCAUUCAUGACGAGUUGUGAGGGACGAGAGGCUGUGCUGCGGUGCUGGGGUGUAGGUCUGGUUGUCUGUAAUGUUUAAUGAGGUGUUGUGGUGUUGUGGUGUUGUGGUGUUGCAGGCAGUGGGUGUAGUUAUACCUGACUGUCUUGUGUUCCUCCCUUUCUCUUUCUUUAGUGCAAUAUUUGACUCUCUCUCUCUCUCUCUCUCUCUCUCUCUCUCUCUCUCUCUCUCUCUCUCUCUCUCUCUCUCUCUCUCUCUCUCUCUCUCUCUCUCUCUCUCUCUCUUCUGUAUCUUUCCCCUUCUGUCUCUCUCUCUUUCCUUAGUGUAAUUGAUUCUCUCUCUCUCUCUCUCUCUCUCUCUCUCUCUCUCUCUCUCUCUCUCUCUCUCUCUCUCUCUCUCUCUCUCUCUCUCUCUCUCUCUCUCUCUCUCUUCUGUAUCUUUCUCCCUGCCUCUGUCUUUCCUUAGUGAAAUAUUUGUUACUUCUGGUGUUAUGGGCAAGGUGUGUUUUAGCUAUGCCUUGCUCUCUCUCUCUCUCUCUCUCUCUCUCUCUCUCUCUCUCUCUCUCUCUCUCUCUCUCUCUCUCUCUCUCUCUCUCUCUCUCUCUCUCUCUCCUUAGUGCAAUAUUUGUUACUCGUGAAGGUUGUAGGUCACUCGUAGCUAAGUCAUGUCUCACUCACACACUCACAGUCUCUCACUCAUCGUUGUUCACUCACCCACUCACUCACAUAUCACCAAUACAUGUUCUCUCAUUAAGGUAUGCAGAUGUCAUGAGGUGUGGCACUAAUGAGGCAGGUGGGGACACGGACACAGGGACAUACAGGGACACGGGGACACUGGCAGACUGACACUUGUAAUUGGCCAAUGUGUUGCAGUCUUGUUUUGUAAUGUGGGGCAAACUAACACUGUAGUUUGAGUGAUGCUCUCUCUUACUGACUGUUGUGUAAUGCUGCCUUGUUUUGUAAUGUGGGGCAAACUGACGCUAAAUUAUUCAGACUGAUGCUUUCUCUUACUGACUGUUCUGUGUAAUGCUGUCUUGUUUUGUAAUGUGCAGCAAAUUAACACUAUAUUUUGACUGAUGCUCUCUCUUACUGACUGCAGUGUUUUGUAAUGUGCAGCAAACUGAUUGUAUCAAAGCACUCACUGAAUUUAAGGUGCAGGAUUAGCUGGAUGAAAACACUCAGUCGAGGAAUAAAGUCAAUUUGCUGUACCUUUGAGAAAUGUGAGGGAGUGUGGACCAGGUAGUGAGUGAGAGCAUCUGCGUGGCAGUGUCCCCGUAUCCCCGUGACCUUGCCUUCCUCAGUGACUGCCGCACAAUGACACACGGUACACUAUUUAGACGUACUGAGGAAAGAUAGUAGUGUUACAUUAAUCAGAUGCACACAUGCUAAUAAGUGACAUAGCAUAUUUAUAUGUGCAAAUACCGGGAAGGAGGUUAACAAAUAUACAAAUUCUCCGUUAGGUUACUGUGUUGGAAAGGAAUAGUUUGCCUGUCUGCCUGUUUGUCUGCCUGUCUGUUGCUGCUGCACAAGACGAAGGGACAUGUUGAGAAUCCACAGCACCCAUGACCAUCCACAAGAAAGUUAUCAAUUUCUUCCUAUUUCAGGGAUUGGAUGUGGCUGCAGAACAAGUAAAGAUGUCUCAGAGUGAUUGGUGAUUAGGGAAAGGUGUACCAGGUGGCAGUUAAAGGGUUGAUCCUCUUGAGAUGUGUAAUCUUGAUGUUGUUUUUCACUUCUCUGGUUUUGCAAUAUUUCUUUAAACACUGAUCCCACACCACUGCAUUUAUAUCACUGUACUGUGUGGAAAAGAGGCAUAAACGUGGAAAACUGAGAAAAUGUGCAAAUCAAGGCACAAGUAUGUAAAGUAAAACAAAAGAUCCACUGGUGUGUGUCGGCUGAGGUCACAAGGUUAGGUGCAGUGAGGCAGUGUGGUGGAGGGUGUGGCAGGGACAGGGCAGGGUGCAGACAGGUGUGUAGAGCCUUCAGGUGUAGUGUUCAAACUGGUUCAGGUGUGGUGGCAAUAUUUUUGUAUUCUUUUUACUGUGUGUCUGCAGUCUUCUUUAUUAAAAUUAUGAGGGUGGAG